AUGGCCGCGCUUUCUCGUCUCCCGCUUGUCACGCUACUCGCUCUCGCUUUACUGCUCCCGGCGACGACGACAGGCCAGGAUGUCCCAGCGUCUGCUGAAACAAUUGAGGAGCAGGAGCUCUUCUGGUCCUACAACCGCUCCCCUCCCGUCUACCCCAGCCCCGAAGCCACGGGCACGGGCGACUGGGCCUCCGCGUACGCCCAAGCGGCCGAGCUGGUCGGGCAGAUGACGAACGAGGAAAAGCAGAACCUGACGUUCGGCUUCAGCACGACGGCGAGCGGCUGCAGCGGCGUGUCGGGGUCGGCGCCGCGCGUGGGGUUCCCCGGGCUCUGCCUCAACGACGGGCCCGCGGGCAUACGCGGCACCGAGUUCGUCAGCGGCUUCGCGUCGGGAAUCUCCGUCGCCGCGUCGUGGAAUAGGGACCUCGCCAAGGCGCGUGGCAGGGCGAUUGGGAUAGAGUCGAAGGCGAAGGGAGUGAAUGUGUGGCUUGGGCCUGUCAUGGGUCCGUUGGGACGGACCGUGCUGGGUGGACGCAAUUGGGAAGGAUUCUCGGUUGAUCCGUAUCUCUGCGGUGUACUGAACGCCGACACUGUCAUUGGCGUCCAGGAGAACGUAGCCGUCUCGGCCAAACACUUCAUUGGCAAUGAACAAGAAACGAACCGCAACCCUACAACGGCAACGGGGAAUGCCUCGGUGUCUUCGAACAUCGAUGACAGGACAAUGCAUGAGCUAUACCUCUGGCCGUUCCAAGAUGUGGUCAAGGCAGGCGCAGGAACCAUCAUGUGCUCCUACCAGAGAGUCAACAAUUCAUACGGGUGUCAAAACAGCAAGACUCUCAAUGGCCUUCUGAAAGAUGAAUUGGGCUUCCAAGGCUUUGUCGUGAGCGACUGGGGUGCGCAGCACACCGGAAUCGCAAGCGCAGACGCUGGCUUGGACAUGGCCAUGCCGAACUCGGUAUACUGGGAUGGAAACCUUACCACUGCUGUUGAUAACGGAACCUUUGCCCAGUCCAGGCUCGAUGACAUGGCUAAACGUAUCGUUGCUACGUGGUAUAAGCUUGCUCACUUCGAGCCGGGCACUGGCAUUCCAUACGAUCUGACAGCUCCACACGACGACCAGAAGGUCAGCGCUUUGUCACCAGACAACAGGGAUACCAUCUACCAAGGUGCUGUUGAAGGCCACGUUUUGGUCAAGAACACCAACAACGCCCUCCCCCUGAAGUCUCCCCAGAUCGUGUCCAUAUUCGGCUACGACGCUCCCGCACCAGCGUCGCAGAACCCAGAACCCGGCUUCAGCAGGUGGGUGCUGGGCUUCAACAGCCUCAACAUCUCCAGCGACGACAUCAGCACCUUCUUCUCCGGCGGCCUCUCGGACGACGACAUCCCGCAAGCAGCCUACGGCGGCACGCUGAUCAGCGGCGGCGGCAGCGGAGCAGCGACGCCGCCCUACCUCAGCUCCCCCUUCGAAGCCUUCUCCCAGCGCGCCCAGCAGGACAACACGCAGCUGUUCUGGGACUUCAGCUCGCAGAACCCGAGCAUCGACGCGGGCUCGGACGCGUGCCUCGUCCUCAUCAACGCCUUCGCCACCGAGGGCUUCGACCGCACGCGCCUGACCGACGCCUACUCGGACACGCUCAUCACCAACGUCGCCGCCAACUGCACCAACACCAUCGUCGUCAUCCACAACGCCGGCAUCCGCCUCGUCGACGCGUGGAUCGAGCACCCCAACGUCACCGCCGUCAUCUACGCGCACCUGCCGGGCCAGGACAGCGGCCGCGCCCUCGCCGCGCUCGUCUACGGCGACGCCGCUCCGUCGGGCAAGCUGCACUACACCGUGGCCAAGGCCGAGGCCGACUACGGCGCCCUCCUCGCGCCCGUCCGCGCCGACGCCACGUCGAAUUACUACACGCAGGCCGACUUCACCGAGGGCCUGUACCUCGACUACCGCUACUUCGAGAAGGAGGGCAUCGCGCCGCGCUUCCCCUUCGGCUUCGGCCUGUCGUACACGACUUUCGAGUACGGCAACCUCUCCGCUUCGCUCACUUCCGCCACUUCGCCCCCCGAGGCGGCGCCGGAAGGCGCGAUCGUCGAAGGCGGUCUCGAGAGCCUGUGGGAGACGCUGGCCACCGUCACUGCGACCGUGACGAACACAGGCGCCGAGUACGCGGCCGCUGAGGUCGUCCAGCUGUACCUGAGCAUCCCGCAUGCCGACACUCCCACGAAGCAGCUGCGCGGCUUCGCCAAGGUGCCGCUGGAGCCUGGUGAGAGCGGCGAGGUGGAAUUCCCGCUGACAAGGCGCGACCUCAGUGUGUGGGAUGUCGCGAGCCAGGGGUGGGUGCUGCCGAGGGGCGAGUUUAAGGUGUACGUCGCGGCGAGCGUUGAGGAUGUGAGGUUGACGGGGAGUUUUGUCGUUGCGUGA